CGGCCCCCCCCACCACCGGUUAUGGCUCACGCCGCAGGCGUGUCUGGACUCGUAGCAGAAGGCAGCCGCGGACGCAGCCAGCAGUGAGAUUCGGUGGCGGCUGCAGGCGGCCUCAGCACUCACCUGUGUGGGGGAGACCCCGCGCGGCUGGCCAGUGACUAUGCAGCUUGGACUGCUCGCAGCCGUGGUCUUCCUCAGCUCCGUGGAUUACGGCGACAGCCUCAAGGACUCGAAAGGAAGGAGGCACAGACGCAUAAGCACGGAGGUCCCGCCAUCCUGCACGAGAGGCUGUGAGCUGUGCUCCGAGUACAAUGGCUGCCUGAAAUGCAUGCCCAAGCUGUUCAUCCUGCUGGAGCGGAGCGACAUUCGGCAGAUCGGCGUGUGCCUGGCCUCCUGUCCCGUUGGAUACUUCGGCGUCCGCAACCCUGACAUGAACAAGUGCAACAAGUGUAAGAUUGAAAACUGCGAGGCGUGUUUCAGCCGCAAUUUUUGCACAAAAUGUAAGGAGGGCUUAUAUUCACACAGGGGGCGCUGCUACCCCAGCUGCCCCGAAGGCCUCAGCCCCACCAACGGGACGACAGAAUGCGCAAGCAUUGCGCAAUGCGAGCUGGGUGAGUGGGGCCCCUGGGGGUCCUGCAUGAAAAAGAACAAGACGUGCGGAUUCAAGAAGGGAACCCAGACCCGCGUCCGGGAGCCCAUCCAGGCGUCGAGUCUGGAUACUGCCGCCUCGCCCGCGGCCCCCGCUGUUACCUGCGCCCCCGAGACAGAGAUCCGCAAGUGCAUGGCGCAAAAGAAGAUACCCUGUACCAAAGGAGACAGGGGGAAGAAUAAGAACGAGCGCAGGGAGGAGCAGCGGAACAAAGAGAACAAGGAGAACGGCAAGAACCGUGGCCGGGAAGCCAAAGAUGGAGGCAAAGGUGGGGGCAAGAGGAAGAAGCCCCAGGACCGGGUGACCGCUGCUCCGCCCCUCACACCCGGCGGCGUCAAAUAGCUCUGCAGUGGGCGGGGCCAAGUGGGAGGGGAACGAGGAGAGGGCGGGGCCCAGGCCACACCCACCUGCACGUAUACGAAAUGAAUCGGAAAUGAAUGGAAAGAGCAGAGGACCUGCUGGCAAGGAGAGGUAACGGCGAGCAGCGAUGGAGCUCCGUCCCAGUUGGUAGAUGGCCUCCCCCCACCAGGGACGUCACUGUCACUAGACCCACGAAAUAUGUUUAUCCUGCUUUUUCUCCUUUCCCGAGUACAUUAAAUGACAGACAGAUGGCGGCCGAGAGAUGGGAGACCAUCCCAGGAAAUUAGGAUGGGGGGGUCCUCAGAGACCCCCAGGUUCAGACCGAAGCUUUGUGUGGUUUUGACCGUUCAUCUUCUCUUGAUCACUCUCCGCAGUGCUGGCUACCAUCACCUUCCCCGCAUGUAGCAGCGAACAGAGUCGCUUAAAUUUAAUACGGGGGGGAAAUAAACAGCAUUAAAGACUUUUAUUCCUAUUUUACGGUGAGACAGAAGAAAGGCACUGGAACUAAUUUGUGGUUUGUUUGGAGAAAGAAAAAUACACCAACUUCUCAUUAAUAUCUGUAUUGUUCUGCAUAUCUUCUCAAAACCAAGAGAAGAGAAACACCAGCAGCAAGCAAAUCUGGUAGUAUGUCCAUUGCUGGGUCAUUUAUUUCAGAGGAAAUAUUGCUCAGAAGAGAAAAUGAUGUUUUCUGGAAAGUACAUGGUGAACAAAGGACUGUGUAGAUGUGUGCUGAUUGGUGCGCAAUCGUUGUUAGGCCCUGCAGCUUAGCGAAUCAGACAAAAGAGGAGGGACACUUGUAAUGUAACAGUUACUUCUCAAUAACCGCAGUCCUCUGGUUUUUGUAUAAACCAUCUGCUGCUGCUCAGAGCCCAUGUAUGUCUGCAACAGGGUCCGAGAUAUUGCACAGCCUCUUGGGAAUUUUCACGUGGUAUUACAAAAAUAUCGGAGGCAGGACACUUCCUGUCUUAUGUAUCCGACGGCUGCUUCCGCAAAUCGUUGGCUCUGAUGGAGAGGACCAGACAGCCCGGGGUUUGACAUUGCUAUCUGCGCUGUUGCCAUCAUCGCCACCAUGGUUGUCCUCUUCGUCCUCAUCUUCAUCCUCCAUCAUUAUCAUCACCACAUUUUGUUACGCUUUCUCUGGACCUAUUUACACCCACAUACUAGCAUCAUAUAAUAUAUGUGCAUUGUUUUGGAUGGAGACACAUAACUGUCAACUUCAGUUUGUUAAUAAUUAGAAAUAUUAUUAUUGUUAUUAUUAUUAUUAUUAUAAAUCUCAUUAUUUCUGUGAACGCUCUGGAUGGUUAAAUAUAUUGCAGUAAAAGACAGUACCGUAUACUUUAAUAAACAUUCAAAAGCAGUUACACAAAUGAAGCGUGUCUGUUCAAACGCU